AUGGAGCCCGAAGCCGCCUUCGGAGAGGCCCGGCGGAGCCUGGAGGAGACGCCCCACAAGGGCAUGGACGGCGGCUUGCUGAGCUCGGCCACCUUCGGGCCCUGCCGGAGCGCGGCGCUCAGCGGGCCCGGCCCGUCGGCGCCCGGCGCCAAUUACGCGGCUCUGGACGGCCCCGCCGAGCCGGCCGCCAAGCAGUGCAUUCCGUGCCCGGCGGGGCUCCCGCAGGCGUCCGCCGCCGCCGCCACCACCGCCGCGCCCUUCUCCUACGGCUGCUUCGGCAGCGGCUACUGCUCCUACCGCGUGGCCCGCGGCUCCCUCAAGCCCUGCCCGGCCCCGCAGCAGGCUGCCUACCCGCCCGACAAGUACGUGGACGCCUGCAGCUCCGCCGCCCCCGCGCCCGAGGAGUACCAGACGCGCCCCGCCGAGUUCGCCUUCUACCCGGGCUACGCCGGCCCCUACCAGCCCGUGGCCAACUACCUGGACGUUUCUGUGGUGCAGACCAUAGGAGGGCCGCCCGGCGACGCCAGGCACGAAGCCCUGCUGCCCGUGGACCCUUACCACCAGCCCUGGGCCUUGGCCGGGGGCUGGAACAACCAAAUGUGUUGCCCGAAAGAUCAAAGCCCUGCCGGACACUUUUGGAAAACUGCUUUCGCAGAAGCUGUAGGCCAGCACCCCCCGGAGGGCUGCUCUUUCCGCCGCGGCCGCAAGAAGAGGAUCCCUUACAGUAAAGGGCAGUUGAAAGAGCUCGAGAAGGAAUACGCCAACAGCAAGUUCAUCACCAAGGAUAAGAGGAGAAAGAUCUCCGCCGCCACCAACCUCACCGAGAGACAGAUCACCAUUUGGUUCCAGAACCGGCGGGUGAAAGAGAAGAAGAUCGUGGCCAAGGUGAAAUCAACCACCACCAGCAGUACCACCAGUAGCAGCAGCAGCAGCAGCACCCCUUGA